CUCAAUUUUUUUGGGGUGAGUACUGUGUUUCUCUCUCUAGGAAAAAAAUAGCCAGAUUCUCUCUCUCUCUCUCUCUCUCUCUGCAGAGCUCCACUACAGAGACGAAAAUCUAGGGUUUCGUUUUCUCUCUCCUCCUCGUUCGAACCAUCACCAUGGAUCUUCUACAGUCAUACGCAGACACCGACAUGGACGACGACAAUCAACAAUUUCAACAACUACAACCACAACCACAACCACAACCACCCUCAAUUCAAAACCCUAGCUCCACCGCCUCCGACCACUCAUCAUCGCCGGACUCAUCGCCGCCUCGGAUCUCCCUCCCUUCCAAAUCCUCCGCCCCCAAAGUCGACGACACAAUGCUUGCUCUCACAAUCGCCGACUCCAAUCGAGCCCUAACCAAGCCCCUCGAUCCUUCCCAACACGUCGUCGUCUUCAACCCCACCUACGAUCAGCUCUGGGCACCAAUCUAUGGCCCUUCACAUCCCUACGCCAAGGACGGUAUUGCUCAAGGUAUGCGCAAUCACAAGCUAGGGUUUGUUGAGAAUGCUGCGAUUGAACCCUUUGUUUUCGAUGAACAGUACAAUACUUUUCAUAAAUAUGGGUACGCAGCUGAUCCAGAGGGAAACAAUUAUGUUGGUGAUUUGGAUAGAUUGAAGGAAACUGAUGGCAUUUCUGUGUAUAAUAUACCUCAACAUGAGCAGAAAAAGAGGAAACUUGAGAAGAAGAAGGAGAGUGUGGAGAAUGAAGAGGAAGGUAGUGGUGAGGUUGAGCGGGUGGAGGUUGACAACCCGGCUUCGGAGACGUGGUUGUUGAAGAAUCGAAAGAGUCCGUGGGCGGGAAAGAAGGAAGGGUUGCAAGUGGAGUUGACGGAGGAGCAGAAGAAGUAUGCUGAGGAGUAUGCGAAGAAGAAGGGUGAUGAGAAGAGUGGGAAUAGUGAAAAGGGUGAGGUUGUUGCUGAUAAGAGUACAUUUCAUGGGAAGGAGGAGAGGGAUUAUCAAGGUAGGUCUUGGAUUGCUGCGCCCAAGGAUGCUAAGGCUACCAAUGAUCAUUGUUAUAUUCCCAAGAGAUUGGUGCAUACUUGGAGUGGGCACACGAAGGGUGUGUCUGCAAUUCGGUUUUUCCCCAAGCACGGGCAUUUGAUUCUCUCGGCAGGAAUGGAUACCAAGGUGAAGAUCUGGGAUGUGUUUAAUUCAGGUAAAUGUAUGAGGACUUACAUGGGACAUUCGAAGGCGGUUCGUGAUAUUUGGUUUUGCAAUGAUGGAAGUAAGUUUCUGACUGCUGGAUAUGAUAAGAACAUCAAAUACUGGGAUACAGAAACAGGACAGGUGAUAUCGGCAUUCUCAACAGGGAAGAUACCUUACGUGGUUAGGCUGAACCCGGAUGAGGAUAAGCAGAACAUUCUUUUAGCAGGCAUGAGUGACAAGAAGAUUGUUCAGUGGGAUAUGAAUACUGGGCAAAUCACUCAAGAGUAUGAUCAACAUUUGGGAGCAGUUAAUACAAUCACCUUUGUAGAUAACAACAGAAGAUUUGUCACAUCUAGUGAUGACAAAUCUCUCCGGGUUUGGGAAUUUGGGAUUCCUGUGGUUAUAAAGUAUAUCAGCGAGCCUCACAUGCAUUCUAUGCCAUCGAUUUCCCUUCACCCAAACACAAACUGGCUAGCAGCACAGAGUUUGGACAAUCAGAUUCUUAUCUACAGCACUAGGGAAAUAUUUCAGCUUAAUAAGAAGAAAAGGUUUGCAGGGCACAUUGUGGCUGGAUAUGCUUGCCAAGUCAACUUUUCACCGGAUGGUAGGUUUGUCAUGUCGGGAGAUGGUGAGGGUAAAUGCUGGUUUUGGGACUGGAAGAGUUGCAAAGUCUUUAGAACUCUCAAGUGUCAUGAAGGGGUAUGCAUUGGCUGUGAGUGGCAUCCAUUGGAGCAAAGUAAAGUUGCAACUUGUGGCUGGGAUGGCUUAAUCAAGUACUGGGACUAGUCUUUUCAAAUUCCAAUAGCACACAUUAGUCGAGCAGCUUAUUGCCUACUCGGACUGGAGUGCCCAGAUUGUAUACUUGAAAUGCUAUUGUGCGAUGGGCUUCUCCGGUUGAUGUUAAAUGCCUCUUCUUGUUCAUCGCUCUGAAGUAUUGAGAAUAGUCAAAUCUUAUGAAGCUGGGUGGACUUAUCCGCCCUCUGAUAUCUAUGCUUGCAGCUAAGUUGUGAGACGGGAAAAUGGCAUCGAUCUGUAUUAUUAUAAUUUUCUUAAAAUUUUGUUUUUUCAACCUUUUUUUCUGUUAAGGAGCUUUUGCUAGUGAAAUGUUCUUGCUAAGAAGUCUUUUAGAUCAGUACUCACUUUUCCUAAUUUUCGUGUUAAUAUGUAUUACUAUGUUUCUCUUUUGUUAAGGUCGGGUAUGUUGUUCA